GUCGAGCCAAAGGAAGCCUAGAUAAUAUCUCACAUACCAAAUCCCAUCAUAAGCUUUUUCUCGAAACAGGCAGUCUUGAAUUUCAUAGCACGCUGUUGUAUACUAGAACGAGAAGUCGGCGCUUGACCGCAGUGCGUGGCUGGAGCCUUGCUAGCAGCUUAGGCACCUUCUGUUUGCGGUUUACCUUUCUAUGCCUAGUAUGCGUUUGCGGUGUUCUCGGAUACCAGACUUGGAUCACUGUUGAAGUUGACACCUGGGGCGCCAGACAUCAUGCUGGUACAGGUUAAGUGAGUGGAAAGAGUUAGAGGAAUCAGAUCAACUCGCACCUGUUUCGUAUUAGCGUCGGCCUAUGUCAUCUCUCAAUGUAUUUUCUAUCCUCUACUUUAUAUGAUGUGGGAUACGGAGGAUGGUGGAAUGAAAUCCCCUGCCAGAUUGCUUACUCCCAUACUGAAGAUCAUUUGGCAGACGCCACUUGCGGCGAAUAUUUCAAACCAGUCUUCUUUGUUUUCCAUCUUUAUUUUCAUUCUUUUCUUAUUCAUUUCAUGUAUCAGACAUAAGUAUUAUGCGCUUAAAUCCAAGUUUUCUAAUGUCAAAUAUACAGUUUUCUGCAUGUAACUUAGAACUCAGUACUAAUA